UGAAUCAUCCUCAAAUAAGAGAAGAAGUGAUGUGUGUACAGCAUGUUUAGUGUCAGGGAGGUUAUUGAUUGUGCUCUCAUGUGAAGGAUGCUGUCAGUGGGUCAGCGGCUCUGGAGGCUGAAGGGACCUCUGACCUCUCUGACCUCUGGACACACACCCUGGACAGUCACAGGAUGGCCGCUUGUUUUGGCUGCUGGUAAGAAACACCAGAUUGACCUGCCGCUCGUACAUGAGGAAGAGCUCGAGGAGCAGUUUGUUCGGGGAUCUGGACCUGGAGGACAAGCCACCAACAAAACCAGCAACUGCGUCGUGCUGAAACACAUUCCCACCGGGAUCGUGGUGAAGUGUCACGAGACCAGAUCUGUGGAUCUGAACAGAAGACGAGCGCGAGAGAUUUUACGGGAGAAACUGGACAUCUUCAAGGGUGAAGAAAGUGAACUGCUGAAAAUGAGAAGAGAAUCCAUACAGAGAAAACAGGACAAACGGAGGAAAGUGAAUGAAAACAUGGAGAAAAAGAGACGCUUCAAGGAGAGGCUCUGCUCAGAAGAAGAGAAACACUGAGAUUCAUUAGAGAUCUGUUACACUAAACAGAUCAGACCCUGAAGACUGAUCUAUACUGUCUUUAUAUUGAACAUGAGUGAGUUCAUCACCUCACGUCUGUUUCAUCAAGGACGGUUACAUUUGCUUGAUUCAUUGUAAUCAUCCAACAUUAUCCUCAUCAUAAGUGUUGUUUUAAUGAUGCGUGAGCCGACAUUAUUAAAUAUGUCUAAAAGCAAAUAAAAA